UCAAGCUGGACGUCGCAAUGAGAGUUUGUCAAGGUGGCGGGAGAAAUUUGAACCCUGCACGUACACAUCGAACUCGAGACGCAAAACGAGUCUUCUUCCUCUUGGAAGUUGGAGGGUGGCGCUGUGGUAGGUAUUCUUAGGAAUUCCUACAUCCUGUGUCCGAAGAUCCUACUGCAGCAACUGCAUGUGCAGGUUCUGAGCAGUCGAGCAGGGACAUUCAGCAUUUGCGGAUUAUUGGGCUUGGCUAUAUUCCAGAAUAUAAAACACAACCUAGGUACACGCAGUGUUUCGUGCUGUGCCAAAAGUUUCACGACAAGCACAAGCUCUGAUCGUGAGCGAUGGCUCCAGCGUCCGCCAAUGUUCGACGAGCAGCAAUAGGGGCACGGAAGAAGAUUGAAAACUUUCCAACGGAGCUGGACCUGACCAUGCAGUUUGUCAAGUGGACUGCAGAGAGUCUCGAAGCUGUACAUGAUGAAGAGAAGGUUGCCGCCCUUCGCGAAGCUUCUCGCGAGAUGGCUGGCCUUCAAGAGAGUCUGAGGUUGCACGUGGCUGCGCUCAGCGAAGUGGAGAUAGGGAGGCUGGCCCCCAAUGAGGGGCAGACUUUUGCUGAGGUGCUACACUCACGGACAAUGGAGCUGGCGGCACAAGAUCCAAGAACCCCUGAGGACUACGAGGGUUUCAAGGCCUUCAAUAAGGCUGUCUGGGACGUCAACCACAAGGGUGAGCUGAUGCCUGGGGAAGAGGAGGAGGACAUCGUCAUGACCUCUAAGGACCUGGUGGCAAACGCCCAUUGUCCACUGAGUAUGAAAGCGGUGGAGGAGUUGGACGAGCCAGUUUGCGCAAGGGAUUGCCGGCACAUUUACGAGGCCAUGAAUGCGCGAGACUACUUUGGACAGGGCCUGAGAAGCUGUGCAGUGGCUGGUUGCAACAAGCAGGUGAAUGUGAGCGUCCUCGUAAGUGACUCACGGUUGGUCCGAGAUUUGCAAGAGCUUAAGCGGAACAAGAGGGGGGGAAGACACACCCAGCAUGCAGAAGAUUAUACUGCCCUGGACGAUGAAGACUGACCGCAAACAGAUGAAUGAUGGUCGAGUUGGCGUCACCAAAAAGCAGAAAGGGUCUGAAUUUCCGUCUCAAUAUUUGAGUUGAUUCAUAUAACAUAAACAAGACCAAAAUUACCUUCGUGGGCAACGACGUUAUUGCACAUUUGUGUGAUAUUGAGACAGCGCCCAAGAUAUGAUGCAGUUCACUUCGAG